AACAUCUGGUGUUGUUCUUCAAUGAUUUAAAAACUAUUAUGGAUUGUUCAAUAGAAAAAUAAUCGAUAUUGCAAAAAUUCUGAUACACAUAAUAUCAAUAUACAUAUAAUAAUCAUUAAUCAUUCCCCUCAUCCUCUUUAACCCCACAUGUCACGUCAUAGAUAUAGAUAUAUAUAGUUAUUCAACUUAUUCAAGAUAAUAAGCAAUAAUAUUAUGAUUGGAACCAGAAUAUGCUGUUACUUGUUUUUGUUAAUAUUUUUUGAUUCACCUAUGCAAAGUAGACCAUCCUUUCACGGUCAUAACAAUGUUUUUGUUCAGGAUGAUAGCGAGGUGCAGUAUCUACUAGAAAACAUGCCAAUAACAAUGCACAAGGAUUUUAGCAGUUCAGUGCAUAGAACUGGGGAUUCAAUAUUAGACGAUAAAAAUAUCCGAGAUUCAAUAUCUUACAUACAUUUUGAACCACGUAUUUUAGACUUCAAAGAAAGACAACUCGGAGUUCCUCAUCAGGAAAUAGUAACACUGAUUAAUAAUGAUAGAAACCGAACUGUGCAUUUGACAUCGAUAUCAGGAAGUACUCAACACUUUCAUUCAUCAUUUUUUCAAGACAAAGUCAUUCCACCACUCGGAAACACAACGUUUACCGUUGUUUUCCUUGGCAGAGAUGAAGGUGAAAUCAACAGUCAUCUUUUUAUUCAUACUUCAGAUGGAAUACUUAAGUAUCAGGUCAAAGGAUCCAGUGUAAAUAGUCCUUAUAGACUUCAUCCCGUUGUUGGAGUUAAGCUGCCUCUUAAUGCAUCAUUUACACCUCUCAUUUACAUUCACAAUCCUCACCCUGAAUCAAUGCAGGUGACAGAAGUUUACAGCAGUGGUGGUGAAUUUCAUUUAGAGUUACCAUCAGGUGAAGCUGAAGGCUCACGUGAAUUAUGGGAAAUACCUCCUUAUCAAACAAAGCCAAUAAUAAAAUUACACUUAAAUGCACACGCUGAAAAAAAUCACACAGCAUAUGUAAGAUUUAAAGUUAACAACAGUGAUGAAUUAAUGGUUGUUGCUGUUGAAGUUGAAGUUAGUCACAAUGCUGGAUUACAUUGGGGUGGUAAUUCAGCAUCGAUAAAUCUUGGUAUGGGUGGUUCUCUUCAGCCACCACUUCGUUAUCCAAUCCUCAUGCGAAAUUCAGCAAAAAAACCAAUUAAAAUUGUCAAUAUAAUAAGUACACCUGUAUCAAAAGCAUUAAAAAUUGAAUUUCAAACAAUAUCAAUAGCAGGUGAUACAGAAAAACCAAUUUCAGUUGGCACAUUGAUUUAUGAUUGGAAAGAGGGUCUUGAUCUUCAACAUUUUAAAGGAAAAUUAUUAAUUAAAGGAAUUGGUCCAGGUGGUUCAAGUCAAAAAUUAUCAAUUCCUUGGAUUGUUCAAGUUAUACAAGGUGGUCUUGAAAUUAAUACAACAUUCGCUCACUAUUGUUCACCUCACUCAAAUGAACCACGUAAUUUUACAGUUAAAAAUCGUUUUAAACAAUCACUUGCAUUAACAAAUGUAACACUAUCUGAUAAUGCUAUAGAAUUUUUUACAAUAAAAAAUUUUAUUCCAAAAGUACUAAAGCCAAAUGAAGAUUUAACAAUAUUUACACUUCAUAUUAAUUCAGAUAAAUUAAAUGAUAAUAGUAAAUUACAGUCAUCAAUUUUAAUUCAUACAAACAUAUCAACAACAGAUAUACCAUUAUUACGUUAUGAUGGUAAAGUUAAAAAAAUAAUACCCGAUGAAUAUGAGAAUAACCGCGGUACAAUGAAUUUUGGUACAGUAAGUAGUGGUACUGAAAAUGAAGCAAUAUUUGCUCUUGAAAAUACGAAUCCAAUAAAUAUUGAAUUGCAUGGUUGGGGUGUUAAUAUGCCUGGUGCUGUUAUUGAAUUAAUGGGAUGUCAAAAUACACCAUCAAAAUACAUUGAGAAAGAAAUUAAAAACAUAACUAUAUGCAGUUAUUCUGGUAAUCAAAGUAUAAAACCAGGUUAUUUAGCAAUAUUUAAAAUUAAAGUUAAAACACAAAUUAUUGAAGAUGAUACAAUUGUUGGUGAUGUAUUUGUGCGUACGAAUUAUGAACGUUUAAUUGUUCCAGUUUAUAUGCGUGUUGCACAUGGUAAAAUAUCUUUAAAAAAAUUGAUAUUUACGGAUUGUUUCCCUGGUUCAAUAUGCAUGCAACAAAUUAAAAUACAUUCGACAUUUUCACGUUCAAUGGAAGUUAAAUUUGUAUCACCUGUUAAUCAAGACAAAAGAAUAACGUAUAUACCUGCUGAUGAAUUAGCAUUACCAAGAAUUUCCAAAGGUGAUAAUAUCAUCGGCUCAAUCAGAAUCGAUCCUUCUGUUACUUGCAAUGAACACUGCUAUCUUGGCCUUUCUUUAAAUGAUUCAUCCGGCAAUCAAUGGCUACAUACAUUCAAUUUACCUUCUCACACACGUGAUUCUGACUUAAAUCUUUUAAACGCAAGAUACUCAACAUUUCUUAAUUCAACAGCUGGGGGCAUUGUAUGGAACAUCACAAUGCGACUUGAUACAACUGAAGUACGAGGACAUAAAUUUUCAGUCAACAUAAAACCAUACUGGCCAUCAUUAAUAUCGAACAAUAAAAAAAAUCGCACAUUGAUAAAAUUUCCAUUGACACAAGUUGGAAAUACAUCAGUUAAAAAUAUAAAAUUAUUCAAUCCAAGUACAAAGCCAUUAUUGAUACAACUUGUUAUGGAUAUAAACUAUCCCCAAGGUCAACGUCUUUAUCAAUCACUACCAGAUAGAUUUAAAUUAAUGUGUAAUGAUUGUUCGGCAACAGUUGAUAGUGAAUUUAAAAUUCAACUAGAUGAUGAUGAAGAAAGAAAAUUAUUUGAUAAAAUAUGGGAUACUGUGACAGCAGUUGAUUCAUUGCCAAUAUUUUUAAAACCUGGUGAAACUAAAAUUGUUAAAUUACUUUAUACACCAUUUAAGCCAUUAUCAUCAUCUGGAGUUCUAUAUAUUCGUAAUAAUUUAACAAUUCUUGAAGUUGUAGGUCUUGAAGGUCGUGGUGUUUAUGCCAAAUUUGAAUUUGACGAUAAAAAUCCAGGCUCACCAGUGCCAUUAUCAUUUGAAUUAACAGAAAAAAAUUUGAAAAAUUGUGAACGUAAUAAUAAAUUACGUAAAAUAAAAAAUACAAACUUAACUGUUAAAAAAUCAUUUAUUGCUAAAAAUACUGGUGAAUUACCAAUUGAUUUUAAUAAUUUUUAUAUAAAUGGAUUAUUGUGUGAAGGAUAUGGUUUUCAUAUUAUUAAUUGUGACUCAUUUAAACUAAAUCCAAAUGCAACGAAAAAUAUAUAUAUUGCAUUUACUCCAGAUUUUACUAUGUCACAAGUUACACGUGAACUUUGGAUAUCGACUAGUUUAAAACUAAAUAAAACAGAAACAGAUUUUGAUGAUAAUGGUCUCGUAAAAAUGACAUUAUUAACAAUAAUACCACCAAAGAUUAUUGAAAAAUGUUCAGUUAUAUUAAAUAAACAUCCAUGGGAAGCUAAUAUAAAAUUAUUUUCAAUAGCAAUCAUUGCUUUAUUAGGUAUAAUACUAAUUAUGAUGUCAUUAACAGACACAAAUCAAGUCUUAAAAAUAGCACUUGAUCCACGAUCAAGUCCAGUACAACAAUUGGACUUGAGACAACUAGCAAUGCAAGUUAAUACAGUUAAAGAUAGCAAUAAAAAUAAUCUUGAUGAAAAAAUAAAGAAAAAAGAUGAACCGGAUUGGAAUUUAUUGAAUGUUAAAAAAAUUAAUAAAAAUGAUAAAGAUCAUAAGAACACUAUAAUACCUGAUUGGACAAUUGAAGAAGAAAAAAAAUUUAAAAUUGAUAUGGAAAUAAAAAAUUUUAAUAUUAUUAAACAAAUUGAUAAUAAUUGUUUUGAUUAUACGAAUGAAAUAAUACAAAAAAAAAAGAAAAAACAAAUAGAUUAUGAUAAAAAUGAUAGUCAUGAGUUUGAUAAUAAAAUGACAAACUCAAUAAUAAAAUCUAGUCUAAUUGUAUGUAAAAAUAACAAUACACAUAAUAAAAAAGAUGACAAUGGAAGUAAUAUUGUAAUUGAUAUAACAAAAGACAAGAUCCGUAAAUUAACAUUACAACAAAGUAAUAAUAAUAAUAAUAAUAAUAAUAAUGAUAAUAAUAGUAAUAUUAAUAAUAACUCAUCUUACAAAAAAUAUGAUAAUACUAGUCAAAAACUGCAAUAUUCUGAAGAAGAUAAAUCAACAACAACUGAAUCAUCAUCAAAUUAUAAAGACCAACUAAAUAGCAAAGAUUAUGAUCAUUUAAAAGUUGAUACAAAAAUGAAUAUUAAGUUAUCUGGAAACAAACAAAUAAAAGCAGUUGACAAUACAAUUGAUUUUCGCGAUAUUUAUGAGAGUGAUAGCGAUGAUGAUGAGGAUCAAAAAGAACGACAUGAAAAUUUAUAUAGAUGGAAAAGAAAUACAAAUAAAUUAUAUCAAAUAACGACAAUAUCAAGAACAUCAACAUCACCAACAACAACAAUAACAAUGUCAUCACCAAUAACUAAAAUAAAAAAUUCCGAGAAUUUUGUGACAACAAAAUCACCCAAAACAAAAAAUUCACCAAAAAAAGAUAAAGUAGAGUAUAAAAAAUUAAUAAAAAUCGAUAAAACUCCCAUAAAAUCAAUUGGAAUUGAACAAAAACCAGGAAUUUUAAAACCAACUACAAGAGUAUCAUCUUUAUUAUCUCAUACAUUGCUUUUUCCACCACCUCCACCACCACCUCCACUUCCACCACCACCAUCAUCAUCAUCAUCAUCAUCAUCAUCAUCAUCAUCAUCAUCAUCAUCAUCAUCAUCAUCAUCAUCAUCAUCAUCAUCAUCAUCAUCAUCAUCAUCAUCAUCAUCAUCAUCAUCAUCAUCAUCUUCAUCAUCGCGUUGGAGUGAGAGUCGUGCAAAGUUCAGUGACGUUGUUGCUCGAAAUUCAGAUAAUACAUCACCACCAUUUUCACUGACAGCUUGUUCAUCAUUAAUCAAACAGGACACAAGUCAAGAUCACCAAAUAUAUCAUGAUACAAAUCAGUUCUCUGACAACGAUAAUAAAACUCCAAUAAUUUAUAAACCAAUUGUUGAAUAUUCAAGUUUAUCAACAAAAUUUACUGCUCAACAAUUUGCUAAUCAUUCACAAGAUACACUAGAUGUUUAUAAACAACAUGAUAGCAUGGCAUUGGCUCACAGGCAUCAGAAUCAAUAUCCUAAUAAUUAUCAACGUCAGUAUCAUCAUCAUCAAAUGUCGCCAAGUUUUUUUGCAAAUUCAUUUGAGUCAAAUUAUGAGCGGGAGUUAGUACCGUAUGAUGAUUUGCUCGAAACAAAUGAACCGAUGAUUGAACUUGAGACUUUUGAUGAUCAAAUAAACUGCCAAUGUUUGAAUGAUAAGGUAUCAAAUACGAAUUAUUUACCAGAAAAAAAAGAUUACCUUCAUGAACAAACGACGUAUAAAGUUGUUGAUAAACUGCUUGACUCAUCGGAUACGUUCAAGGAUAAUAAUUGGGCUGAGACAAAUUGGGACAGCUCUUAUGCUAGAGGGGCUGUUGGCGAAGAACGCAGUGGUGUUUGGGGUGUCAAUACUGGUGGAGUUUGGGCAGCUGCCCCUUGGGAAACACCGUCCCAACCCAUAACGCCAUUACAAACAUCAUUAAUGCAACAAACUGAUGAAAAUACCCAGGAACCAUCUGGUUUUGAUCCAUUCAAAUCACUCAGCAGUAUAUGGAAUCCAGUUGAUACAUCGCAAAAACAAUAAAAAUAUUUUUUUUUAUCAAAAAGUAAUAAUUAAAUGAUUGUGAUAAGAAUAAUUUUUUUUUGUUUUUUUUUCUUAACAAAAAAAAAAAAAAGUGACGGUUGUGAUAAUCACAUAUUUGAUUUUAGGUACUUGAUGUAUUACAAAGCAGAAGUAAAAAAAGGCAAAAAAAAAAGUAUUUAAAUUUAAAAUUAUAUACGUAAAUGACAAAAUAAAUUAUGUUCGUAACAUAAUUUUAAUAAAGAAUGAAUUAUUUCUUGAAUUUUUUUUUUUAAAAAAAGUUAUUUAGUUUUCCGCACACACGUAUAAUGAAUUUUUUUUUUCUUCUUAAUUAUUUAAAUCACAUUGAUUAAUAAAUUUUAUUGUUCAAAUCUAUUUAAUAAUUUUUUUGAAUAUUUAUUCAAGUUGUUAUUUUUUCAUACAUUGUAUAAAAAUAUUGAUAAUUGGUUUUAUUAAUUUAAAAGUACAGCCUAUAAAGAAAUUGUAAUAAAUUGGAAUUUAAAAUGUGCAAACAAUUUUAACUGCUACUGAUGCAUUGUUUGAAAUAACACAAAAAUAAAAUGUGAACAAGUUAUCCACCCGAAACUAUU